AUGUCAAUUUCCUCCGCCAAAACAUAUGUCUAUUUCCUCCGCCAGCACCAAAGGCCACCUCCUUUCCCUUUCCAGUCAGGGGAUAGUGCGGUCUUUUCUUCGCUUCGCGGGGCAGCUCGACCCCCCGUUCCCGAGCUCCUAAAGGGGGGGGGCGGCCUAAGGGACUCCCGGUUCGGCCCCCGUCGCCUCCGCCGCCGCCCCCCGGUACCGCCCUCGCUGCCGUACGGCAGCGAGGGCGGAGCUCGGGAACGAGGGGUCGAGCUGCCCCGCGAAGCGAAGAAAAGACCCGGGCGGGCGCGUCAGCUUGUGCAGAGCAGCAGCCAGCUGCGGGUGCCGGUGCGAUGGAGGGGCCAGGCGACUGCGGCCGCGGUGACGGAAAGCACGAAACCUCAAAUUCAGCCCGAAGUGCGGAAACCUAAAACAGGAAUCCUGAUGUUAAACAUGGGAGGCCCAGAACGGCUGGAUGAUGUGCAUGAUUUCUUACUUCGUCUCUUCCUGGACAGAGAUUUAAUGACGCUUCCAGCUCAAAAUAAAUUGGCACCAUUCAUCGCCAAACGCCGCACCCCGAAGAUCCAGGAGCAGUACAGCAGGAUCGGAGGUGGAUCACCAAUCAAGAAGUGGACGGCAGUGCAGGGAGAAGGCAUGGUGAAACUGCUGGACAGCAUGUCUCCUCGCACCGCGCCUCACAAGUACUACAUUGGCUUCCGGUACGUCCACCCCCUGACGGAGGAGGCCAUUGAAGAGAUGGAGAAGGACGGCAUCGAGAGGGCUAUCGCGUUCACGCAGUACCCACAGUACAGCUGCUCUACCACAGGAAGCAGUUUAAAUGCCAUUUAUCGCUACUAUAAUAAAAAAGGGGAGAAGCCAAAGAUGAAGUGGAGUAUAAUUGACCGAUGGCCCACACAUCCCCUUCUUAUUCAGUGCUUCACCGAUCACAUACAGAAGGAACUGAACCUGUUUCCACCUGACAAAAGGAAAGAUGUUGUCAUCCUCUUCUCGGCUCACUCCCUGCCCAUGUCUGUGGUGAACCGCGGUGAUCCGUACCCUCAGGAAGUGGGAGCCACUGUCCAGAGAGUCAUGGAGAAGCUGAACUACUCCAACCCCUACAGGCUGGUGUGGCAGUCCAAGGUUGGACCGAUGCCUUGGCUUGGACCGCAGACAGACGAGACCAUUAAAGGACUGUGCCAAAGAGGAAAGAAGAACAUGUUGUUGGUCCCAAUAGCAUUUACAAGUGACCAUAUUGAAACGCUUUAUGAACUGGAUAUUGAGUACUCCCAAGUUUUAGCGAAUGAGUGUGGAGUUGAAAAUAUCAGACGAGCCGAAUCUCUUAAUGGAAAUCCACUGUUCUCCAAGGCCCUGGCAGACCUGGUCUGUUCCCAUAUCCAGUCCAACGAGGUCUGCUCCAGGCAGUUAACCCUCUGCUGCCCGCUCUGCGUCAAUCCUGUCUGCAGGAAGACAAAAGCCUUCUUCACUGACCAGCAGCUGUGACACCCCGGGUUCUGCAGGAGCAUCACCCUGGGGAAGCAGCACUCCUCACCAAACUCUCCCCGCUGUUAACACACCUACAGGCUGGUAGUCUGGGACAUUAACCUCAUGGUAGUGAGGAGAACUUGACUUUUUUGUUUGUUUGUUUUACCUUUUCUUAUGUUUUCGUUUUUUGAGAAGAGUUUGCAGAAAGUAGGAGAACAAGGCGUUUAUCCUGCGAGCUGUGAAAUGGCAUCUGAUUCUGAUUGGACUUAGCGUGAGCCCAUAAUAUGCACUGAAAAACUUAGAAAUUUCUACAAAUGAGCUUCUGUUUGCUAUGCAGGGAUUUAAUUGUAUGCAGUUUUGUCAUGACUGCAUUAAUUUCAAAUUUCCAGGUCAAGCGUAUGAUUGUUUGUUUUGUUUAUGCUUAAGGUACAGUAUAACCAGGAUAGUCACUGUUGAUCUCUCUGAGAGCGAUUUUUCAGAUGGCUUUGAAGAUCAAGUGACUUCUAAUGCUUUUUAAAUAAUGUGUGUAUUUUUUAGAACGUAAAGAUAAGGCUUUGUGUUGUUUUGGUUUUUUUUCCCUCCUGCCAGAAGCUUCUGGUGAAAGCUUAGCUGGGAUAGUAGAACGCACAAGAUUUGUUUACAUUUUCUAGAAAAAACCCUCUCGUUAUCUGCAGGAAAAGCCUCUGCGUUUGAAGAGCAUAAAAUGAGAGGAAUAAACCUGUUUGGGUGAUGCUGAAGAGCGUGAUUAGUUGGAACAAACUGUGGGUGUUUCAAAUCCAGCAGCUAUCAGCAGCAUGUAUGGAAACGUGCUGGUUUCUCUUUUAAGCAAAAUGGCUUUUAAAAAUUUUUAUUAAAAAGGGCUUUCUCAGUUUGGUUAGGUAAAUUUCGGAAGCCGGGCUUGCUCUCCAGAGGUUUGUAGAUCUGCUCCGUGCUUCUACUGUGACGCAGCACUGUGGUUUUUGUGGGAUACCUACGGAGUUCCGUAGGUAGGAUUGAUGUAGCUUAAUUGCUGCUGUAAUUUAGAGCUGAGGUGGUGAGUCAGGAGUGAUUUACAUAGCACAUGCCCGGGAGCGGGCCACCAGCCCUGUGCUCACACAGGCCUUUGCCAACAGCCCAGUUUCCUCUGUCAGACUUCUGGUGCUGCUGGAGGGCAGGAGCAUGCACUCGGACCCCAGCUGAACCUCUUGCUCCUUCUGGCAGCUGUUUGGACUGCUGAAUCCACUCCCAGGCAGCAGCAGUUCUGUGGUGAAAACCCUUCUGAGGGCAGUAUUCCCUCGCUGUGGGCACCGGGACCGGUGUCUGGGUUAGUCUUGGGAUGGAGGGGCCUUUCCCACAAGGCUGGUCACCACAGAGCGAGCCCGAGCUGGGUGCUUGGAGUGGCUGAGGGCAGGUUCUGAGUGCUGCACCACCUCACUCGUGGUCCCCUCACCCGGGGACCUCUCCUCUGGGUGGGAGGGAAGAGGAGCAAAGCUGUGACUGUUGUGUGGGACUGAGCCAUCAGUCUGUCACUCUGGCUCUCAGUUUCAUGGGUAUCCAUGUUUACUUUCCGUCAUUAGCACUGAAAUGCCGGUACUUUGCCAACGCAGGCUGUUGUCUGUCGUUGGCGACUCAGUGAUGGUGAUGUUUGGGAAGCAGAUGCCGCGCUGCUCAGACAGUUUUAUUUGCUGAUGGAAUUAUGAGGCGUGAGCCGUUUGAGCCUCUGAUCUUUCAAGGACAGGGUUAUUUAAAAAGAAGACAGGCCUCUGUUGGUAUAGCAGGGGUUUGUCCUCUUCUAUUUUAUGUUGAAAGAAUCAAACUAAAGCAAUGAAUGGAUGCUGUGUCGGUCAGCCAGCGGGCCCAGUACUGCCAUGGAGCACAGCCUCGCUAGGGCCUGCGGGCCAACACCUCUCCAGAGUUGGUUGCCAUGUCUCUACUGCCAUACUGCAGCUUCCCAGGGUGAUCGUGGUGGGGCAGACUGCAGCUCCUCCAGAGCCUCUGACGUUACUGCUGCCCCUGGUUGCUUUAGCAGAAAGAAGUCUUCCUCGACCCUUCUAACCGGUGCCUGUGUGGGUGGCAGGGAGCCAGCAGCCAGCACUGCUCUUCUCCCGUUCUUGCUCCCCUCCUGGUCUCUGCUCGCCGCCCUGGCAGGAAGAAGGAGCACAAAGCUGAUGCCUGCCCUUGCUCAGGGGGAGUAGGUGGCUGUCACAUGUCCAUGGAAAAGCUUUGCAUCAAUGUCAGUAGAGUAAAAAUGUCUGCAAUACGUGUGGGAAGGGAACACUGGCCUUAUCUCUCGUUGGACAAAGAACUUCUUUCCUCUGUUCCCGUUCCUCUGCUUGACUCCUUACACUAAGCUUGACCGCUUAGGGGUCCAUGGAAAACAGCCUGUUUGUAGAAUCUUCCUACUGAUACCUCUUUCUUACCAGCUGAAGGGCAUGUUGACCUUCAAAUCACAGCUGUGACCAGCACGUUUAGAAGUGUGGCUGGAGCUGGCAACUGAAGGUUAACUUUAUGUGAACAUUGUGAUGCUAUAAAUAUAGAUUGGCUUUUUAUUUCCAUACUGGAGAGAGUACUGAACGUAUUAGCCGGUACUAAUUAUGAGGCAUUACAUUUGUCCCCAGUUAUAAAAGGUAUUUAAAAUUCACUUUUUAGUAUGCUAACCACAAGUGAGAUAAUUACUGAGCCUAUUGCUGCUAUUAGACCAUAAUGUAGAAAUCACUUAAUUUUCUAGCUUUUAGCAGAUGGGUCUCAUCUCACAGAGUUGGUGGGGUUCUUCCUUGUGCUGAACUGCCCAUGUAAUACCACUCUGUCCUGCUCCCUAACAUGUCAUUUUGUCCUAGUGCAGCAUCAAAAGCCUGUUGAAAAAUCCACCUGAGUUAGCUAGCAGCUCUGCUGGGUAUUUUUAGUAGAAAGCAAGAUAACUGAGACUAGUGACAGUGGGAAUUCUGCUGCUACGGAAGUCUUCUGAUCCUGGGGUUUUUAUUUGGGAGCAUUCCUGACUAUGCUAAUUGACAGUGGAAUUUGUCUGACCUUACUUUAGAUGCUUCCGAUCUCGAUGUCGACAUCUGAGCUGGUUUCCUGGGUACCUUUUAUGGUCCAAAGAUUGUUUUAAUACACUAUUCUGAGGAAUUACUUGUCUCUCCAAGCAGAUGUCCACACCGGGUUGGGUGGGUUUCACUCCGUUGCUGCCUCUGAGGGUGAGGGGGGCGUGGGGACUAACUCGGAGGCAGUUGGACCUUGCACAGGUCUAACGUGAGGAGAGAUGAAGCCCAUCCAUUUAUGUGCCUUCUUCUUCAGCACUGACGGUGAGGUGCAGCCACUGCGUGUGGGGAUUGCAGCUGUAACCCACAGUGAGGCAUUCUGUUUGCCCCCUGGCAGAUGUCAGACGUUUGGUGCUACUCGGGCAGGACCCCCUCUCAGAUGCUGAGCGCUCUCUGCUCUGCUUGAGUUGCCGUGAGCACGUGGAGGUAUCAGCAUCUGGGGGGCUCUGGUCCUGGGACAAUGAUCUAGUUUGGGUUUUUCCUUGUCAGUUACACUCCUUUUGCAGUACUUUGUUUCAUUUGCAAGUGUAUGUUGUUUACAUGUGCCCUGACAAAAAGCAAGGGGUGGGAAGUGAUGUGUUGAGGCAGCUGUUGUAUCCCAAGGUUUGGUUGGUGGGAGCCAAGUCCUCGGGCUGGAUGUGAGUAGUGGGGAAGCUCCAGGGACGCUGCUGUGUCACUGUCCCCUUGCCCGGGCUGCUGGCUCUCCCCCUGCCCAUGCCGGGGGGUGCCGCUCGCACAACCCACCCUGCACCUCCGGGUCAGGGUGAGAGCUGGGGAAAGGAAUCAUCACACCAGCACGCCAGCUGAAAAAAUAGGAGAGUCUGGAAACAGCCCAUGGUGUCCCGAGGACAGUGAAGUGGGAAGUAAAGGUGUUUGCACAUGGCAUGUUUUGAAGAAUUUCCCUGUGGUUACGCUGUUCUCCUGAUUUAUCUCUCUGCUAUUCUGCUUUUUGCUUUCUUUCUGUUCAGCUGAAGUUUUUCUCUUUUGGAGUUUGCGUGGUCUCUCUUAUUACUGGCUGCAUUUUGGAAACUGCAGUAGCUUCCACGAGUGGUGCUGUAAGUGAUGGUGUGAGGUGUGUGGGCAGGCUGUGAGCUAACCUGCUGCCCCCGGGGCAGAGGGUGGCACAGCUACGCUCGGCCAGGCCGGGAUUUUCCAAGGAAUAUCUACAAGCUCACUUUAUUUUCCCUUUCUAUCACACCCAGGGAGCUGGAAAUGAGUGUGAAGUGUAAGAUGCAAGGAGAGAAGUUCCUUUUAUUUUUAAUGCCAGAUGUGUACAAAUACUUGCUUUUAGUCUAACAUAUGUAUUUCAGAUUGAACAAGGACUUCCAUUUAAUGUUACACACACAAAAAAAUGUUGUCUAAUCUUACUGUGUAUCAUUUGCCAUAAAGAUGGAAUUUCAAUUAAAAUUUUUUGGAAGAAAUAA